UCUCUGCUUCUGAACGGUCUCUUUCUCCCCCUGCCCCUCAGUUCAUUUUCUAAGCUUGCCUUUGAAGCUCAGGGCUCCCAGCUUGUCACAAAUAUACUCAUUUCACUUGUUUUUUUGGGUCUUUGUUGUAAAGAGGGUUUGCAGGAAGCAUCUGUCUAUUCCGCCAUCUUGGCUCUGCCUUUCCAGUUACUUUUUUUUGUGUUGUUGUUUGUUUUGUUUUUUUGCUGGUGUACUCUGUCCUAGAUUUCUGGAAACUUUCUUAUAUAUAUAUGUAUAUAUAUAUUUUGCUAAUAUCUUUCCCUUUCUUUUUUCUUUCUAGAGCUCAUAUUAGUUAGACCACCUGGACUGAACUUUUAAUUUUCUUAUUUUUUUUCUUAUUGUGUAUCUUUGUCCUUUUGUUUCACUUUCGAGGAUAUUUCCUUAUCUACUUCUUUAUAAACUUAUACCAGUUUUUAAAAUUUCUGCUGUCAUAUUUUUAAUUUCUGGAAGUUUUUCUCAUUGUCUGAAUGUUUUCUUUUUUUAGACAAUCCACAAGAAUUUGUUUUGUGGGUGCACUAUCUUCUCUUAUUCUGGACUCUGAGGAUGUUAAUUAUACAUUUACUUGAUAUUUUCUUCUGUUCCCUGGAUUGGCUCUAUUUUUUUCUCCAGUUGGUUAUUUACAUUUGUUUGCUUUAGUCUCUAGUUUUUUAUUACAGGUUUUUUAAAUGCCUGAUCCAAAUGACUCUUACUGCAUGUUUAAAAAUGAGGCAUUAGACGAAUUUUUUGGUAGCCUUAUAUACAAAGUAGGUCUUAUGACUGGGGUUUUUACUGUUGAAUAACUUGCCAGGACAUGUCUAGAUUUUGGGGAAGAUCUGCAAUUUUUAGUCUUGGUAGGUUUUUCCCUUGGGUUGUUCAGUUACUCCAAGGAGAAAAUCCCCAAUUUCCUGCCUGAGAGGUUAUGCCUGCCAGCCUGUAUUCUGGGAACUUAGCAGAGAAAUGCAGAGGAAACUCACCAUAUUUAAUGUGCAAGUUUUCACUUAACCUUUGUCAGCAUGAUACCUCACUGGAGUUCAUCUGCUACAGUUUCAUCACUGAACAAAAAAAACUCUAGCGUCUGCUUGGGUGGAAGAUGGGCAGUUGCCUGGCUGCCUAAAGCAGAAGAAAGGGAUCUAGCAAGCUACCUGCUUUCAAAACAGACUUUUUGUUGUGUGCCGUCAAGUCGAUUUCCAGGUCAUAGUGAACCCAUGUGACAAAGUAGAGCUUCCCCAUAGGGUUGUCUUGGCUGUACUCUUUAUGGAAGCAAAUCUCUAGGUCUUUCUCCUGCAGAGCUGCUGAGUGGGUUAGAACCACCAACCUUUCAGUUAACAGUCAAGUGCUUAACUGUUACAACAGACUAUCAACCAAAAUUUCUGCUUACAAUUCCAGCCUUCACUCCCACUUUUAGAGGCACGUAAUGUUUCCAGCCCCCAGGAUGCUGAGAUUCUAUGGCAAGAACUGGCCUAUUUUCCACAUAUAGUUAUUUAGGUUUCAGCUUUCUCCGCUUGAUUAGUUCAUAACCACUUAUUCAUCUGCAUUCAUCUUCCAAAAAUUUGUUGACAUUUUUGUCUGUCAUUUUAUCACCCAUUCUUUUUGUCCAUUGACGCUUAAACGAAAACCCAAACCCAUUUCCGAUGAGUCAAUUCAACUCACAAUGACCCUAUAGGACCCAGCAGAAUCUUUACGGAGUCAGACUGUCACAUCUUCCUCCCACAGAGUGGCUGGUGGGUUCAAACUGCUGACCUUUUGGUUAGCAACAGAGUUAAGCCACUGCACCACCAAGAUUGAAGCUUAUAUAUGGCUUUUUUUUUUUUAAAUGUUUAGUGGAAUUUUACAAAUGUUUAUUUAAUCUACCUUGUUUAAACAGAAAUGUUAGCUUUGAAUUUUAAGUCUUGCUUUUAAAAACAUUUUAAAAUUGAUAAGCACAUUGGCAAUUCUGACAUUUAAUUUGUAAUUUCCUGGUGUCAUAGGGUUACUGGGAAAAGCAAAAAAGAAAAAAGGCAAAACAAAAUGGGUUUUCUUUCUUCUUCUGCCAGCAAUCAAGCUGUAUUAGGUUGCUUUAAACAGAGAAAAUAUGUCUUGGAUGUAGGCAACUAUAGGAGCUCAAAGAAAAUAACGAAAUCAGAUAAUAGAACUAUUAACAUCGACUCAUAGUAUCUCAAACAUUCAUAAUUCUUUUGCUUCUAUCUAACUUAUCCACUACUACCCACCAUAAAUUGCAGGUAAAAUGACACAUUUUAUUAAACUUCAGAACUUUGUUGUUGUCAUCUUUAUCCAGCCUAUUAAAACCAAAAAAAAAAAAAAACCAAACUGUUGCCAUCUAGUGGAUUCCAACUCCUAGUGACCCUGUAGGGCAGAAUAGAACUGCCCCAAGGGUUUCCAAGGCUGUAAUAUUUAUGGAACCAGACUGCCACAUCUUUCUCCCAUGGAACAUCUGGUGGGUUCGAACUACCCACCUUUCAGUUAGCAGCCAAGCACUUAACCACUUGCAGAGUCUUAUAUCUUCAGGUAGUAAACAAGUGAAGAGCCUAUUUACCCGAAACUUAUCUCUACCCACUUUUGUACGUUUGGUAUCUUGUUUAUUGUCUUUUCAACCAUAUAAUGCUUUGUGUGAAUCAAAGACUGCAUACUCAUUCCCCUAAUGUCAGUGGAAGCACAGAAUUCUCAGUAAGAAAGUAAAAGGAGUCCUAAUGACAAGUAGCAACAAUGAAGAUGCUAAUCAAACAUUAAAACCAUCCAGAAGAAUUUUUGCAGUUAACUUCUGUGGGUGUCACAAGUCUUGACUGCAAAUGUCAGUUCUUUCCGUGGUUAGUGACAUCAGUUAAUUGAAAACAAGAUGUAGAAACAUGCAGAUGCUUGUUUGAACAAGUAAAUGCAAUGUGACCUACGGUAAGGCUCACUUGCAAAUAUUACAUAUUCUUGAGAAGCCAGACAGAGAGCAAGUUUAGACUUGAGGACAGCAAGUGUCAUUGAGGGUAAGAACUGUUUUUUUCUUCCCAUGAGAAAGGAUUUUCUCACUUAUCUAGAAGAGAAUAGAUGUAUGUUAACCUAGCAAUUCAGCAUCUCAUUAUCAGUUUUAUUCAAAACUCGAAAAGUGAAUAGUGUAAAUUCUCCUUUGAUCUUUCUACUUCCAGGGGUUCAUUCACUACCUAUUUGCUGAUGAUAUUCAAAUAUGCCAAUCUUAUUCUGACUUUUCUUCUAAACUUCUAACCCAUCCUAAAGAAUUGUCCUCAGAUAUUUCAAAUUCUAAGUCAGAAAUCAAUCAACUUAUCUACCUAUCAAGUCUAGUGCUCUUCCUAAAUUUCCUAAUUUAAUGGUUUUGCCAUCUAUUCAGUCAGUUAACAUAAAAAUUUUAGUCAUUUUUCAUUGCCAAGCACAAUUUUUGUACCAGUGGCCAAUAAAUAUUCCUCAAAUAAAUGAAUCAGUGGAUUUUCAAUGCUUUCUAGUCCUCUCCCUCUCUCUGAUCAUUUAUUAAGUUCAUCUACUCUACUUCAAAUCCCCUCUCAAGGCGCCUUUCUCUUCCUGCACAGGCAGCUGCUCUGGUCUCCAAGCCUCUAACUCUUGUGUCUCUCCCAUCUAAACUGUCUGCAUCUCUGCAGCACAGACAUCUCCCUAUUUUCUAUGAAAUAAAAUUCUAAAUUCUCAUCCUGACUCUCCACAGUUACUAGAUUCAUGUCCUGCCACUUCCCCAGACUCAUUAACUGAAGCCAACUCUAAAGCCAUCAAUGAAAAAGGAAGACUGAAGAAGAAUUGAUGCAUUUGAAUUAUUGUGUUGGUUAAGAACAUUGAAUAUACCACAGACUGCUAGAAGAAGAAACAAAUCUGUCUCGGAAGCAGUACAGCCAGUAUGCUCCACAGAUGCAAGAAUGGCAAGACUUCAUCUCACAUACUUUGGACAUGUUAUCAGCAGAGACCAGUCCCUAGAGAAGGACAUCAUACUUGGUAAAGUCAAGGGUCAGCAAAAUAGAGGAAGGCCCUCAACGAGGUGGAUUGACAGCGGCUGCAACAAUGGGCUAAAGCAUAACAAUAAUUGUGAGGACGGCACAGAACUGAGCAACAUUUUGUUCUCUUAUACGUAGGGUCCCUAUGAGUUAGAAAGGACUCAAAGGCACCUAACAAUAACAACUCUAAAGCUAUACUUCCCCAUUUUUUAUCACACUGUAUAAUCUCAUGAUCCGUGCCUUUGAUCGUAUUAUUUCCUACGAUGAAAUGUUCCUUUCUUCUCUUUUCUAGUCUGCUCAAAUCCUUCUCAUCCUUUAACUCCUAAUUAAAAUAUCUCCCAGGUCGCUAAUCAGAAUGAAUUUUUUACUCCUCAUAUCUUUUUUGAUACUUUUUGUUCAUAUCAUUGCUAUAGCUCUCAACAAAGUCUACACUGUAUUUUAAUAACCUAUUUUUUGUCUUUGGAAAUUCUGAUGGCAUAGUGGUUAAGUGCUAUGGCUGUUAAUCAAAAGGUCAGCAGUUCAAAUCCACCAGGAGCUCCUUGGAAACUCUAUGGGGCAGUUCUACUCUGUCCUGUAGGGUCGCUAUGAGUUGGAAUCGACUUGACAGCAAAGGGUUUAGUUUUUUUUUUUUUUGGUUAUUUUUUGUCUUACUCCCUCUUAAGCCCUAGAGGGUACUCUCCUCAGCACUUAGAUAGUACCUGGCCCAUAAUAAAUGCUAUAUAAGGUUUACAAAUUUAGCAGUGAAUUAAAGCCAUAUGUACAUUUUCAUUAAAAUUAUUGAGAAUCACACAUAUAUUUCAGAAAUUAGAGAAAAAAUAAAAUAAAACUGAACCAGAAAGUCUUCAAUAUUGAGACAAGGCUGGAAAGGAUUAAAGCCACGUGACCUAUAAUGUGAUAUGGGCUCACAUUUCAAAAAAAAAAAAAGUCCAGCUUUCUUUUAUUUACUGAAAAAUUAAAUUUCUGGUAGAGAAGAAAACCCCUUCUUUUUCCUUUCCCUCAGACUCUUCGAAACAGAAGCAGCUUGGACAUUAUUGAUACCUGUGGUUUUCUUUUUUUAUUCACUGAGUUUGUUUUUCCCUCAUCUAGUCUUCCAGGUGCCAUGAAUGUAGCUGUAAGAACCCCAGUGCUUAAGAUGAGAUAAUGCAAUGCCUGUGGGAGGGAAGAAUUCCAGCUCCCCUUUGGAAAGCUUUUAUUUCAUUCCAGUAUGUCUGAGAGAACAUGAGCUUGUCUGGAAUGUACUCCCCUUUCCCUCUGGUGCUGUGUUCUCCUGUAUUAGAAGAAGGGGAUUAGAAAGGAGGAAGGAGGCUGUUCUGGUUUCCUCUCCACACCCCUAGGACCCCCAUAUCAAGUUCUGUGUUGCAGCGGUCCCAUAUGAAAAGUGUUGACCGUGGAAGCAGCAGUGGGUGAGAACUUGAUGUAUCAGAAUUUUAAUUAUACAUGGUAAAGACUCCUUGCUAGUUCAGAGAAAACCACUGCUCAGGUUUGUUUUCUUUUAGUGAAGGGCAUUUUAUCCAAUUAGAGCAAAAUUAUCAAAGAGUAAAGAAGCCAACUGCCUAUCUCAAUCUCAUCACGGACUUGCCUUACAAGAAGAUUCUAAUUAUACUUACCUAAAAAAAAGUCUUUACUUUUUUUUUAACCAAUAGUAGGAGUCCUGGUGUCACAGUGGUUAAGAACUCAGCUGUUAACCAAAGGUUAGCAGUUCAAAUCCACCAGCUGCUCCUUGGAAACUCUAUGGAGUAGUUCUACUCUAUCCUAUAAGGUUGCUAUGAGUCAGAAUCCACUUGACAGCAAUGAAUUUUGGUUUUCGAACCCAUAGUAAUGGGCUUUGCACCCGAAGAGGACUCUUUCUUAUUUAAGCUCUUUCCACUAAAGCAGAAAUAACUAUAAAGACCCACAUGUAACCAUAGCCAGCUUCACCAAUUAUUUAUAGCCAAUCUUAUUUCACCUAUACCCUCCCUCCUUGAUUCCUAGAUUAUUUUGAAUCAAACCCCAGACAUCAUAUCAUUUCAUAUAUAUUUAUAAGUAUCACAUAGGGAUCUUAUUAGAAAUGUUGUUAAAACAGUUUACCUUUGAUUAGUAAACUUCUCAUCCUGCCACAGAAUUCAAAUUUUGUUGCUCAAAAGUUGAAAAAUAUUUGGGACUUCCAAAGUAUAUUGCAUUUGUAAAACAUACAUGGAGAGUUGGAUUGUGUGAUUAGUCUAUUCUGUACACAAUGGCACCCGGGUGCAGAAACGCCCCUUCUUUGGUCACCUAGUAACUUUUCACUGGACAACAACAAGCUGAAUAAACUAUUAUGUUGUGGGAAAGUGCUUGGCUAGCAGACUUGGAUCAUCUCCUGGAUUUUAGGAGAAAUAAGCAUUGCCAAGUUUGAAUUUGCUAAACCUUUAGGCUCUGCUGGCAAGAAAGAAGCAUACCAAUUUUGGAGCAUAAAAUGGAUACAGAAGACAUGGGCUCAGGUAAACUAGGCCAAAUAUUGAAGCAGAUUUGGAGACAAAACCUGAUGCUAAAGCAGGCGUUCCUAGGGGAUGACCUUUAUAAGGAGGAUGGUGGGGCCACUUGGCUAACCACAGUGGUCUUUCUGGGUCAAGAGCUCAUUGGGGCCCUUCACCAGCUGUUGGAGCACACUGCAGGGACCCUGCACUCCACCUGCCAGCAACUGCAGGUACAGUUUGACAAGGAGAAUCGAAGUAUCUGGACACAAGAAAUCAUUACUUUCAUAGACUGCCUCAUGAAAAUAAGUGAGUAUUUGGGAAGCGCUGCUACACUUUUAAAGGAAAAAGAAAAGGAGAUGUGUAAUUUAUGCAGCAUGCAUGAUGAAUGUACUCCACUACAGACAAUGUCCGUCAUUCAAGAUAUCAAAGCAACAGACAUUGCUACAAGAGGGGAGCUAAAUGUUAUAGAGACUGUUGCUCUUUCCCCCACAAAUGGAGAGGAAAGUCAUUACAUGAACCAAGUCCAGAUAAAAAAAAUUAAAACACAUACGAGUUCAGACUUAAUGGAAAAAGAAAACAACACAUCAUUGAAUAGAAAUGUAACAGGACAAGGAGACUCACAGAACAAAAUGUUCCCAGAUAAAGCAGAAAAUAAAGAUGAUCAACAAGUAGAACACAUGACCGCUGAGAACAUAAAUGGCAACAAGGAAGAGAUUCAUGACAUAAUCCAGACAACAGAAAGAGAAAUUCAAGAGAUCUCAGAAAGCCAAAGAGAAGAGAUUACCGCAUAUUCAAUAACACAUGACAGCUUCAAUAAAUAUGUGACUAGUCUCCUUCCCAAUGAUUCAGAGAGUGCAAAUGAAAAGAAUAACAUAAUGGAAAAGGAGUUUCUUGAUGUGCUGAAUGAUGAAACUGGACCACAGGUGUCUUGCUAUGUUACGGCACCGUCAUAUGUUCUACAGCACCUAGAAUGUCAAAUAAUUAAUAACAUGAGCUCUUUAAUAGUGAGUGAAAAUGAAGAGUUGGUCAGCAAUGUCAUCAUUAUUGAGUGCUCAGAUCAGGAAAAGAGAAUCCCAUUCCCAAUAGGCAUUGCAAUUCCAUUUACCGCACGUUACAGGGGAAACUACAGAGACAUCAUGGUGAAAGUGUCUGACAUAAGCCUUCGAUCAAGUUACCUAACACCAAAUUCACUGGAAGGACCAAGAGGAAGUUAUAAGGGAACCUGUGCUGAAGUGAAAGCUUACAAGCUGGGCAUCUUUUCUGUUGUGUCUUGUUUAAAGAAAGAGUCCUUCACAGUAACAAAGAAAGGCCUUACUCUUAAACCAAGCAUGGAUUCCCGGAUAUCCUUAAAUUACCCUCCAGGAGUUUUCAGCUCGCCAGUGCUUGUACAAUUAAAGGUUCAACCAGUUGACUCUGCUCUGGUGGCAUAUUUAAAAACAAAGCAAGAUACUUCCUACUCAGUUGUAUCUACAAGCCCACUGAUUCAUGUUCAGCACCCGUCAACACAUCUGUUUCAGAAGCCAAUCACUGUUUUUCUACCUUGCUGUCCACACUCUGAUAAAAGGAAUCUGGGGUCUGAGAUAGAUCAUAAAGGUACAGCUAGCGUCACAAAGAAUAGGAUCAUUCCUUUGUACCUCAAACGGAGAAAAAGUGUUUCCGUAAGAAAACCUGGGAGCAAUGCCUGUGAAUCUUUGAAAUUACUAGGAUUCAGAAGCCGAGACGGUGGUUGGUUUGGGCUUGAUGACGUUGUGGUGAGAACCAUGCAGAGUGGCUUGGUAUCAUUUGACUUGUUUGAACACUUAGAGAGGUUUAUUGUGCUUCACCUCUCUUCCGUUGUGGACAGUAGUCACCUGGUUUCUUUUGUGAAAUCUUUAGAGGAAGCCACACUCUGCACCACUGCCUGCAUAGUAAUGAAUCACCAGAAGGACAAUCCACACAGAGCGGUUAUUUUAGCGGUGCCUCAUAAGGAUUUAAACCAGGAGCUUAAACAAUUGCGCUUGGGAGGGUUCAGUGGUCCUCCAGAGCCUUCUCACUGUUUGCAGUUAAGAGAAGGAGAACAACUGCUUUUAAGGUUUACUGGAAACAUAUUUGCUUCAAGCAAUGGGAAGGAUUAUGGAAAAGACUACAGACUUAUUUUUCACGUACAAAGAAAACCCAGACUGGACCUCCAACUCAAAGAGGUGGAUGAAUUUGGAAACUAUAGCUGUCCUCAUUACAAGGGAGCUGUUGAAGUUUAUAAAGUGCCUAAAGAAAAGAUAGUCCCUAACUUGGAUCAAUCUCUCACUCUGAACGAAAACCAAUAUCAGUUACCAGUUUGCAAAUUACCAUUGAGCUUGCCGAAGCAUGAAAAAUCAAUCCACCGUCCACAGGGUACCAAAAGAAUUUCCACAGAUCCUCUAGAAGUCCUGUGGGAUAACUUGCUGUACUGGCUGGCAGAGGAGCUCUCAGAAGACAACGCCGUGUCUCUGUCCUCAUCCCUCCCUCUUCGCUGCAGCACCAUUCAGCUCAUCAAACUGAAGAACCCUGACAAUCUCACAGAACAGAUCCAUGAAAUUCUUAGCUUCUGGAAGAAAUCGCUUCCAACUUCCACUGAUAAACUUCGCCUUUUGGCACGUCAUCUCCGCAAGAUUGGCAGGGGUGAUCUUUCAGAGGAGCUCAAGUUCAAGUGGGAAAAUAAAGUCUUCACUGAGCAACAGCAGUGAUUUGAUAUGGCAGAGUAA